AUGGGCACAGCUAUUCCAGGCGCAAGCAAAAUUCGUGAUAUAGAGCACCUGCAUACUGCUUUGGGGAGUGAAAAAACUGCUCAGAAUGUUAUUGCAUCAGUAAAUCCGGCUCAACAGAAAGCUCAGAAGUAUAUGGAUGCUCAGCCAGAACAAGCGGAUUUACCAACAGUCGGCGAACAGAAUUACCCUUUUCUGACCCCAUUAGCUUUCUCAGGGGAUACACCAAUGGCGAAUGCGCUGGUGAUUGAAGAGCCCCAAGCGCGUCAAGAAGACGAGGCGGCCGCCGCCUCCGGCCGACUGAAGUUAACUUAG